GCCAAAAUUCGAACUGAGCGGCCAUUUUCGUAAACGAAACGAAAGUGACUGGCGUCCGUUGAUAAACGUUGAUGCAACGACAUAGAAUUCGUACGGGUACAAAUCUGUUUGAAUCGCCAGUUUUUUCGUGGGAUAGUGAGAUUUCAGUGUUGAUUGUCGGAACAAAAGUGUCAAAAUGUCGAUCGGAGUGCCAAUUAAAGUACUUCACGAAGCCGAAGGUCACACUAUAACCUGCGAAACGAACACCGGCGAGGUUUACCGCGGGAAGUUAAUAGAAGCCGAAGACAACAUGAACUGUCAAAUGCAAAACCUGACCGUCACUUAUCGCGAUGGACGUGUAGCCCAGCUAGAAAACGUUUACAUUAGGGGCUCAAAAAUAAGGUUCCUUAUACUACCGGAUAUGUUGAAAAAUGCCCCGAUGUUUAAACGACCCGGUGGCAAAGGCGCCGGCACCGCGGGCAGAGGAAAGUCUGCAAUACUACGGGCACAAGCACGGGGUAGGGGACGGGGUCAAAACCAGAGAGGCAGAGGCACGGGUUCAGCGCCUUGGCUGAAUCAGCAAAACCAGCCAGGAGGUUCACAACCGGGAAGAGGAAGAGGAUAAAUGUUAUAAGGAUCAUUUUUGUUUAUCAUAAUAUCUAGUGCACUAAAGUUUAUUUAGGUUCAUACUUUUAUAAGGGAUGUAAAAAAUAAUUCCAUGUAAACGUAAAUUGAAACCAAACAUGCCUGUGACAAUGUGUGUAGGCAAUGACCCACUAAUGAUAAUAACAAUGUAAAUUAAUAAGUAUUCAAAAAUUUAAUUUUAUUGUGUUUACUUCCUUAGGGCUUUGAACAAGAAAACAAACCUGAUGGAGAAUAC